AUGUCAAUUUUAAAGAAGGAUAAUUUCGACUAUAUGUCAGAUGAUCUCUUUGGAGAUGAUGACGAUAUAGAGUUAAAUUUAUCAAAUUUAGAGAGUAAUACUCAAGAAUCUGAGGAUUUAAGCUUUUCAUCACAAAGGUUUGAGGACAGGAGAAUGCUCUAUGAGAGUUACAUGGCAGAUCCAACAAUACCGACUAGUCAAAAGAAUGCAAUGGGAUUUUGGAAGAGCCUUUAUAAGCCAACAUAUUCAACACAAAAAAUUUAUGAGCUGAUGCAGCAACGGAACCUAUUAGGACAUUGUGAAGCACCAAGAAAAAUGAAAACUCCCAAAAUAAGAAGAAAGGUGGUUUACAAUGAAGAUUUUGGAUAUGACUGUACAUUUUUUGCUCCAACAAAAGUGCUUAUAGAAGAACAGAGACGACGUGAGGAUAUGCCGAAAGCAAUCAAAGAUAUUUAUGAGCAGAAAGGAAUCGUUAAUGCAUCUCAAAUCUAUAAAAUUGAACAAAAGUUAAAAUGUGAUAGCGACGAAUCAGAUGUUGAAAUGAAGCCAUCGACUUCAGGCAUAAAUAAAGUUCCUGAAGACACAGUUAGCAAAGAACUGAAUAAAUCUCUGCGAGAACUAUCACGAACUGUAUCUGAGCAGUAUGAAAUUUCUCAAAUUAUGAAGGAUAUCCAAAAUAUAAGCGACUUGGAUGCAUCACUUACUGAAUUAUCAGAGAAAAUUCAAUAUUCAUCAAAAGCUGAGCAGUUAGUAAAUCAUACGAUAAGUUGCAGCCAAAGACUAAAGAUCCUCGACGACAUUUGCACCAACAAUUUAUACAUAAAUACAUGUGAUCUGCUUUCUGAUGAUGAAUUAAGGAAGAGUUCUCAAGAAUCUCAUUGUGAUAUUAUUUCUGAUGCAUUCAAAAGUCCAGCCGUGCCUGAUAAAAGUGAUAUUAAUGAUAAUAUACCUAAUAAUCUUGUCCAAAACAACAACGAAAGUGUUCCAAAGCAUGUGAAAUUCUCGUUUGCAUCUGGAAAAACCAUUAAUGUCGAUAAUAAGUCAAUCAUGAAGUUCAAGACUAUAUUUGAUAAUGAAGAGAAGAAAAUACAGUUAAAUGAAAAUCUAAAAGUUCCAGAACAAAUCAAAAAUCCAGAACUACCAAAAAGUGCAUCACAAAUUGUUUCAAAAAAUAAUGGAAGCGCUGGAUUUGUUUUUGCAUCCGGUAAAUCAGCACUUAUAAGCACGUCGAAGCUGCAAGCAUUCGAGAAAAAGUUCAAAAAUGAGGAAGCAAAAUUAAAGAAAUUAGAAAGUGAAUUUCCGUCAUCAUCAAUUGAACUUUGUUCCCAAAAACUAAAAGACAAUAAAGAGAAUGACGGAAAUGCACAAAACAGUCCACAAAAGCCGUCCAAAAAGUCAUCUCAAGAGAAUUUAAAAACACAGGAAAAUGAGCUCAAAUCUCGUACCUUUAAAAGAGUAAGGGGUGAAUCAUCAGCUCUUCGUCGCAUAAAGUCAAAAUCAUUAUUAGGUUUAAAACCUAAAAAAGUCAAGUUUGAUGACAGCGUGAUUGAUAAAAACGAUGAGACAGUCAGCACUACAAAUUCUAUUAUUGUACCAGAAGUACCUGAAAUAAUUCAGCCAGUUCCAAUGCAAUUUGAAUUCAGUUUUGCUUCUGGAAAGAAUAUUAAAAUCAGUGAUGCAUCAGUUUCAAAGUUUAAAAAUAUAUUUGAGAAUGAAGAGAGAAAUAUGGAACUGCUGGAAAAUGUAAAGGGACCUCAACAGGUUGGCUUUAGUUUCGCAUCAGGCAAGAACAUUAAAAUUGACAGCAAAUCAGUUGCUAAAUUUAAGAAUAUUUUUGAAACUGAAGAACGGAAAAUUGAUUCACUUGAAAGCACAAAAGUGGUGGUUCCCAAGCCACAAAAUGCUUUGGUUCCAGCUUCAACUUGUGGCUUCGUUUUUGCGUCCGGAAAAACUGCAAAUAUUGAUAGCUCAAAGUUGCUUAAUAUUGAGAAAAAGUUUAUGGCAGAGGAAGAGAAAAUGAAAAAGAUUGAUGGCGAUUUGAAGGUUCUGGAAUGCAUUAAAAUGUCCAACAAUGAGAUUUCCAUUGGAAGUAAAAACAUUUCUACAGGAAAUUUCAAAAAGUUUGAUGCAAUAAAAAUUUCCACUGGAAGUCACUUAAAAGCAACAGGAAGUUCAACAAAUUCCAAUGUAAUCCCAGAAAGAGUCACUGGAAGUAAGGAUGCUUCCACUGGAAAUCAAGACAAGUCCGAUGGAACUAAAAUUGCUUCCAAUAAAAGUCAUGAAGUCACUCGAAGUAAAACCCCAACAACUGGAAGUAUUAACACUUCCAAUGAAAAUCAAGAUCGAGUCACUGGAAGUAGAAAUAAUUCCACUGGAAGUCAAAGAAAAUUAUUUGAAAAUUUAUCGACUGGAAAUCAACAAAAAUCUGGAAAUGAGUUUAAUUCCAUUAAAAAUGACAAAGCUUGCAAAUCAAAUGGUUCACAAAUUUAUUUUGAAGACAUCAGUCUUGCAUCGCAAUACAGACUGUCCAUGGAAGUGUAUCAAUCAAGCUCUGAAGAUGAAAAAUAUAAAUCAAAAAAAUCCAAUGAUUUAAAUUCGCGUACCAAAAAGUUUAAGUCUGCAUUAACGAGAAAUUUGAAGAAACCCAAUUUUGACAUUAACAAAAACUUGAAUGACAGCAAAAUAGGAGCUAAAAUUCCUUCAUCUAGUCUAACAGAAUCGAAUAAAAAUUCACACAAUGAAAAUCAGCCAUCAACUUCGAAAUGUGCCUUCGUUUUUGCGUCUGGAAAAAAUGUGGACAUCAACCAGUCAAAAAUCAACGAUGCUAAGAAAAAUUUUGCAGGAGAAGUGGACGAACAUGACAUUUCUAUCCCUUGUCAGCCAUCAAUUGACUUGUCAGACAAAUCUCAAACUUCAAAAGCAGGCACUAACGAUAAUGAUACACAAUCAAGUACUAAAUCUUCAUCAAAAACUGGAAAUUACAGCAUAAACUUUAAUUCUCAUAGACUUAAUUCCUUAAGAGUAAAAAGAAAGCAUGAAGACGAUUCCGAUAUUUUUAAUUUUGAUCUUUCAACACAUUCGAUGAGAAGUAAGAAGACAUCGCAGACACCAACAGCUCCUGCGAAUAAAAUACUCGAUUCUGGGAUUGAGUCACAAAACAAUAAAGUUGAAUCUCCGAAGAUGCCAUUCAAGAAAUUUGAAUUUUUCUCGCCAAUGUUUACGUCAAGUCCAGUCGUUAAUCCAACAGCAGCUAAAAGUAGACAAAAACUUUUAAGACUAAAUGAUAGAAAAGCUGAAUACAUGGCAGCAGAUCCAUUUGAAGCUAUAAAGAGGAAAUUUAUGCCAGACGUUAAUAAACCAACGAUAGUUAAGAGACUAGCUGUGGAUAAUGAUGACGAUAUUAUGAUAUCGCCAAUUGUUAAGGACAAAAAGAGACAAAAAAGAAGUGUUGAAAAGCCAAUCAGUUCCAGAAAUUUUAAUACUUCAAACUUUUUCCGACAAGAGACUUUAGGACAACGACUAGCUGAUAUUGAAGAGUUUAUGGAUCUUCAGUCACAACUUAAUUUAAUUGGAAAUGAUCCGACUGAGUCGCAAGUUGUUAGCAUCCUUGAAAUAGAGCAACAACAUAUAAGUCGAUACGAGACUGAAAAUAGAGUUAAAAUUGAGCGUAAGCAAGCAAUUAAGGAACAAAUGGAGUAUGUCAAUAAUAAACCUGAAGAUGAGUCACGACAAAUGACAGGAACAAUGUUUAUGAUGAAAUGUGGAUCAAGACGAAAUUUAAAGGAUUAUGUUGAAAAUAAGAAACCACAAGACAAAAAUAUCCAUGAACUGACUUUUAAUAAUCUUUUGGACUUUAAAUUUGACAUGAAAAAUUAUAUUGAGGAUGCGUGGUCGAGAGUGUCGGUUACUGUAGCUGAUAAUGCGAAACUAAUUUUAGACGAAACAUCGAAUGUUGGAUUUAAUGAGAUCAUGUAUAGCUUUCUAGCAUCUUAUGGAGUUGAUCCAAAACUUAUUAAGCACGAAUGGCUGCAAAAUGCUUACAAAAUGAUUUUAAUUAAAUUUAUUUGGAUGGAAAAUUCGUUUGACAAGAUUGAAAAGUUUGAAGUUUUGACGCCUGAAAAUGUCUUGUUGCAAUUAAAAUACAGAUAUGACCGGGAAAUUGAUAGACAUCAGCGACCAGCUAUAAGGAAGAUUACAGAAAGAGAUGAAGUGUCAAAUCGACGAAUUGUCCUUAAAGUUAUUGAUGUUAUUUAUAAUAUGAAUGUUGGAUAUGAAUUGGAAUUGAGUGAUGGCUGGUACAAAAUGCGCACAUGUGUUGAUUCAUGCCUGGCUGAAGCAAUUUCAAGGAAGAAAAUUGCUUUAAAUACGAAACUAUUGAUCUGUAAUUCUGAGCUGGUUAAUAUGUUUUCAAGUGCUUAUCAUCCAUUAGAAUUGCCUCAAGGUGUUCGAUUAAAAAUUCAUGGAAAUUCUACGAGAAUUGUAAGCUAUGAGACGAAGCUAGGAUUUUGCAAGAUCCCGCAUUCAUUCUUAAUUUCUGUUGAUUCGAUUUCGAGUGAUGGAGGUGUUAUUGGAAGAUUGAAGCUGUUCAUAACUCAUGUUUAUACUAUAGUUUAUGUCGAGUCUAAUGGCGAAAAGAAGGAGUUUCGAUCAGAAAAAAUGCAAAAUCGUUUAGAAAACAAAAAGGAAAUUCUGUACAGCACAAUAUUCGAAAAGAUACAGAAGCAAAUCAUGCAGGAAAGUUAUAAUGAGUUAAAAGAAAGAGUUGGAAAAAUUGACAAAUCGAAACUAGUUUUGGCAAAGAUGUCAAUCCACGAAAUAUGUGAUAUUUUGGAAUAUGAAAGUGAAAGUGAUUUAUCAUAUGCCAUCAGAAGUCAAAUGUCAUUAAAACAAGUCGAGAAAAUUCAGGAAAUUUAUCACCAAAGAAAAUUUGAACUCAAUCAAAAGAUUAAGGAACGAAUCAAUCAAAAUGAGAAUAAUGUGGCUCAGUUACUUAAAUUUCGGGUUGUUGAUGCUAAUAAACCAAAAAAGACAGCACUUGUGAGUUGGUGGCAACCAUCAGAAGAGUUACUGAAUAUAAUUAAGCAAGGAAAUGCGAUAGAAUUAUUUAAGACAGCCAGUGCUGGUAAAUUUCAAGCAAUGUGCGGCGGUGAGAUUCAAAUUCAUGCUGACAAGUCAACAGUUGUAAAGCUUUUAAAGAUAAGUAAUGCUAAAGACAAGUUUGAUUAUUAUAUUCGCAAAGAAACAAAAUUUGAGGACAUAACUCAUGUCUUUAGUCCACUGAACAAUGAAUUUGAUGUUGCUUGCAUGAUUGUUCAUGUAAAUGAGAAACUGAGUCACGAGAAGUUGCAAAGAGUUUACGUGGCUAAUGAAAGAUUUAAUUUCAUGAGUUUAAACUUCUAUCCAAGCCUUACUGAUUAUGCCUACGAUGACGUACUAAUUGAGGGAAAAAUUUUGUAUAUUCGGAACUUACAAUGGCGAAAAAUGUUUAAGCACAAUAAUUUUCCAGAAGCACAUGCAGUUAUUGAUUCUACAAUUUUCAUCAGUAAUCCAAAGGAUGAGAGUCAAAAGACUAGAUUGCAGGAAUUUAUGAAUAAUAUUGAGGAUACUGGAAAUUAUUUACAAAAAUGUCGUGAAAAACUUGAAACAUUUAUCGGAAAAAUUCCAUCAAAAUCGAAUGCAUCCAACAUGCCUUUAAACUUCAUAACACCAUCACCGCUAGUAACUUCUAGAAAACGUGUCCUUGGAAUGAAGCGAAUCCCACAAAAAUACAGUUUUUCUUAA